CAUCUUCAUUGCUUUUUCUACUUGUCAACGACAUGAAGGCACGUAUCUGAAAUCAGUAUAAUUUGUGAUCUGUUUAUUUGAAUAUAUGGUGAAAAGUUACGGCAUUAUAGGAAUUUAUUUUCUCGCAAUCCUUCUACGUUGUAUCACACAAGUUACAUCAUUGAUUUUGGUUCAUCAAAAAUGAGAUACUUCUAUUGCGUUGUAUUUUCUGCCUUGGUAUGUUUUGGAAAAUCUUCUGUGCCAUUAGAAGAAGAUUCAGAGAUACCAAAUAUACAUCAAGCGCGGUUGCCGCAUAAUGAUGGUAUCACACGUGAGCAAGUGGUCCUUACUAAAGGAGAAUCUUUAAAAUUGGAAUGUGAAUUUAUUCCAUCUGCUGGAUCCUGGUCUUAUAUUCAAUGGAUAAAGCUCCAUGAAGAAGAACAACAAUUCAAGCAUUCAAUUAUUCCCGCCAACCAAACGUUCAACAAUGGAAGCGCAGUGAUAUCUUCAAUAGUUUUAGAGAGUGUGACUGGGAGCGAUACAGCAAAUUACAGCUGCAUUUUCACAACUGCUCUAGUCACUUCAUCUAUGGAGUUUUUCGUGGCAGUAAAAGAUAUAAAUGCGAAUGUGAUGACGAAUACACUGGGAAAGAAUGUAGCAUAUUGGAUACAUGUUUUGAUAGCCCAUGCCUGAAUAAUGGAUCAUGCAUGAUCACAGACUACGGAUUCAACUGUUCUUGUUUAGA